CUGUAGUUCAGUUGUCUUGAUUUCUGUCUUUGUUUUCUUCACAUACAACAGAAAGAUGGCCUCGGCACAUGACAGAGCUGUACUCCAGGCUAUAUUCAGCCCCACCAGCCCCUUAGGAGAUGUCCCCGGCCUGAACCAAGAGGAGGAAUUAAUUGAUGAUGACAGUGGCUUUGACACAGAGUUGCUGAAGCAAGUGAAAGAGUUGGAGAUGCGGGGUGUCUCUGCUGCAGAGGCUGGGGAUUUGCAAGCUGCACUUCAAGAGUUCAGCCAGGCAAUCCAGAUCCUGCCUCAGCGAGCCUCAGCCUACAACAACCGGGCCCAGGCCCUGCGGCUGCUGGGGAACACAGCAGGAGCUCUGGGGGACCUGGACCGAGCCAUCUCUCUGAGCGGCAGCACUGGACGGACGUCCUGCCAGGCGCUGGUGCAGAGAGGCCUCCUACGUCGGUUGGACUGCCAGAAUGAUGAAGCCAGGGCAGAUUUCGAAAAAGCGGCUGCACUUGGAAGUGAAUUUGCUCGACAACAGGCUGUGGUUCUCAAUCCCUAUGCAGCCCUGUGCAACAAAAUGCUUUCAGAGGUGAUUGACAAACUACGAAACCCUCAAGUGUCUGGGACUCUAUAGUUAUUGGAGACAAUGUGUUUGGUGUACACGUUUUUUGAUUAAUAAAAGAACAUUUUACAGUUUA